UUCUCCUCUGUGAGAGGAAAGAAAAAGGAAAAAAAAAAAAAAAAAGUUGUGCAGAUCUGAUGCUGAUGAAGACGUCAUUAUAUCAGGGAAAAAAUGUGCUGCAACAAUUAAUGGAUUUAAUUACCAAAGAGGUUUUUGCUUGGAAAUUUUGGCCUCGGGCACAGAGAGGAGCUGACUAUCAGGCAAAGCCUUUAAGCUCUCAGGUGAGUCAAGAAUCAUAAGACUCGAGGCAUGUCCACAUAUAUAUACACAGGUCCAGUGACUGCUUCAUUUCUUCUCCUGGACUGAGAGGACUUGUUUUACUCUUCGAUCCAGAGUUAAAUAUACAUUACCUAUUUAAAUAUUUUUCCUUUUGGUAAGGGGCACGGUAGGAUUUUUGCUUCAGCUUCAGACUUUUUUUACCUGCUCUUUUGGAGUUUGAAGAGAAAGAAAUACUUGGGGAAAAAAAUUCUACCUACGGAUGGACAGUUCUGUCAAAGCAGUAGCCCCCAAAAGGCUGCCUGAGAGUUCUGCAUCUACAGAUAGAGUUUCUCCUUCUGGCUUUGAGGGCGUUGCUCUUGAAGAAGAGGAUCUGAACGGCGAGCUGAUGAACGAAGACAUACGUAUCCAUAGCUGGCCUUGUUCUUACUACUUGGACACCAACAAGCAAUGGGUCUCUGGCAGGCUCUCACUGACUCCUGUUGCGAUCAAAUUUACAGCUGACAAGACUGGGGAGCUUUUGGUCAACUUUCAUCUUUCUAGUAUCAGCGAGAUCAAGAAGGAAUCUUCAAAUUUAAUCUUCAGUUCCCUUACCAUCUUAGAGAAGAACACCAAGCAUUGGUUCAGUUCUCUGCAACCCAACAGAAAUGUGGUAUUCAACAUCCUUGAGCACUUCUGGAGGGAGCAGUUGCUGUCAAGCCAAGGUGCAGGAGCAGAAGCAGCAGCUUUGCAGUCAACAAAGGGAAAAGAACUGACCGGGCUAUUGACUGGAUCGCAGAAACGACUGGAGGACACGGCAAAAGUGCUGCAUUACCAGGGCGAGCAGUUUGAUAACAUCAUGAGAGGACUCAACAAGAUUGAAGGGGAUAUGGAUGUAGCAGACAGGUUGUUGACUGAGCUCGAAUCUCCUUCUUGGUGGCCAUUUAGCAGCAAGCUCUGGAAAGCGCCAUUGGAAACCAAGCCAAAGGAAACUGCCACAGUUUCCGAUUCGAAGAACCAGGAAGGAAUCGUAAUUAGAAUUCCAGUUAUUAUCACCCACAGAACAGACUCAAAUGUCAAGCCAGGAAAACUCACGCUCUUCGCUUCUGGCCUGGAAAUCAGUGACUGCAAUUCUCAGGUCAUUCACCGGUUUGAAUCAAGGGAUGUAGAUGAUAUCAGAGUUCAUACACCAUAUGAAAUCAGUGUCCGUCAGAGAUUUAUCGGGAAGCCCGACACCUCUUACCGGCUCUUGUCAGCAAAGAUGCCCGAAGCAAUCCCCAUCUUGGAGAUGCAGUUUAGCAAGAAGAUACAGUUUUUAGAAGAUGCCCUAGGAUUUGUUGGUGCCAGGAAGUCUCCUCAGGUAGAUUUGGGGACCUCCAUUUGGCAAGCAGCCACAGGACUCCUGGGAGGAGUGGUACAGCCCAGCUCUCCGGUGGGAGGCAGAGAAGGGAUGGACAACGACCAGGUUCAGCUGCAGAAGCAAGAGAAGAUCUCCCAGGAAGAAGCAAAAGAGCUUAAACAGAUACUAAAGAAACUGAAGGGCCUUGCCUUGGAGACAGAAGCCGAGCUGGAGAGACAGGACGAAGCCCUCGAUUCCAUCACUACCUCCGUAGACCGUGCGACGCUGAAUAUUGAUAAGCAGAACCGUAGAAUAAAGAAACUAACGUAGCACCCGCAGGAGCCACUGGCGAUGGUAUCAUGAGGAAGAGGAGGCUCGGGGAACUGUAUUUUUCCAAGACGGUUUCUUUAAUAGGCACUUUGGUUGCAUGGGAGGUGUUUGCAAUACGGUCUGGAAUACGAUGCUGCUGUUGUUGAGUUCCUGAGGGUUUUGAAAAUGUUUCCAGACUUGGAUGAUGUUUGAAGGCUGUUUUAGGAUUAAAAAGGGCAAGAUUUUUAAUUGCGGUGAAACAAUGAUAGUGGAUUCUUUACUACAGAAAAACUGUAAAUAUGAAGGGAUGUGAUAUAAUCUGAAUCAACUUUUAUGUGCUUUUUUACGUUGCUGCUUUUAAAAGUUGUUUUUUUUUGUUGGUUUUUUUUUUUUUUUUACUGCAAUGAAGAAGUGAAGGAGAAAUGAACUGCAUAUGAGACUACUUUAGAUGAUUACAGCCUAUUAAUUCUCUCUCAAGGUCUUUCUUUAAAAUAGUUAAUAGCAGAACUAAGGGCCAGAUGUCCAACUUUAAGUCACUGAAGCUUUUUUUUUUUUUGUAAGUUAAUGCUGAGGUGAGCAAAUGAUGCUGAUAAAACCCUGUGUUCCCUGAGCAAAUAGUUUUAAUAGGUUUGAAUCGUGCUUUUUAACGUACCCAGAAAUUUUAUAAGAGUAAUGAAGACUUAGUGGCCACAGCUGUCUGUUGCCAUGUCCUGGGAAAUCAAGAGAAGGUUAGUUAACGUGCAUGGAUUGGUAGAGACAUCUACUUAUUGAGCAGAUUUUUUUUUUUUUUUUUUUUUGGCCAUUUGAUAAAUGUUUUGCUUAAUUGAGCCACUUGUAAAAAGUAAGUGUCAAAGUUAAAUACAUGCUUCUGCUUUCCAAGAAGGGGCUGCUGAUCGUCGACCAUCAUCUACACAGUUUUGUGUGUCUUCUUUUUCCCCUUUAAGCUGCACCCAUAGUGAAGAAAUUGAUUUUGGAGCGGAGGAAGCGAUUUUCUUCACAGGUGGAUUGAUUCCAUUCUUGGAGUUUGCUCUUUGUAUCCCUCACCUGCACACAGUGGUUUUAUAUUUUUGGUAUUAGUCUGUCAUGGGAUGCAGCGUCCUCAGAGCAUCGUGAACUUAGCGUUUGCUUAGGGUGGUCCUUCAAUACCGUGUUGGAGCUGGGCUGCCACAUCUCUGAUAGAUGUUAGUGAAAGGUCUCUUGUCCCUUUGCUUCUCUGCCUUUCAUUUUUCCAAAGGUCUCCCCACCGUUGGCCUCCAGCUCUCGAAAUGGGAACUUCAUGGGUUGUGGGGGUUUUUGUGUGUCUGCCUCAGACUCACAGGCUGAGGGGCCUGUGGUCGGAGCUGUAGGCAUUUGUAUUAACGGUUGAUAGUCGUGGUAGGAUCUAUCUGUCUCGUGGCUUUUAUUGGUUUGCACUAACUGGUGGUGAAGCAUUUCAAGACUUCUUGCAGACCCGUAUUUCUAAAAUAAAAGGGAAUACUGUCAGUUUUGUCUGAUAGGUUUUGUUGAGUUUAGAGUUGGCUCCAUCAAGACUACAGGACAGUGGGAGACCUUUUCCACCCCAAACUUCACACCGUAUAGGAGAGGUUCCGGGUAAUCUAUGUAUCUAUCACCUAUGGCAGAGAACUCACAUUUCAUCAGUUCCUAUGGUUUACCAGUUAUUUUAGUUCCAAGUAGCUAUUGUAAUAUGUCUUUUUUUUUUUUUUUUUUAAAGUGUUUUUAUAUUAAAAAAAUUCUUGUAUUGCUUUCAAAUACAACACUUUUGGUGCAAUAUUUUUAACUAGUGAAGCUUUUAACUGUUUAUUCCACUAAUAGUUGAUGUGAAUUUUUCCUGUUUCAGAGUAAUUCAGCCUACCUUUUAAAGAAUGGUACAGUAAAUCACAUAGAGUAUGUUGCUUUCAGGAUCUUACUCUACGUUGUUUUGUAUUACUUCAUAUUAGUUUGUUAGUAUUGGAGUAAAGUGUACUUCUGCACUGCAAGUUCUUAAUUUACAGUCCAAGUUGUUACUGGCAUGCACUUUACCUACUUGCUGAAUAUGGUUGAUUAUAUAUAACCUACAUUAUGUACUGGGAAAUAAAAUAUUGUCUGGGGUUCUUUUGUUUGUUUCCAAUACCCAAAUCACUAUUGUUUUACUGUGAAAGGAAAAUAUGUUUACACAACUAAUUAUUUAAUGAAUUUUAAAGUAUACUUUGCGCGAAAUGUAUGUUAACUGAACCUGGUGCUGACUGGGAACGAAUCUCUGACAUGAAUUAGUCCAAACCAGGAUUGCCAAAAGUAAAUACUAAUUACACAUCAUUUAGUUUAGCAUUCUUUGUGCCAUACUUUUUAUUGUUGUGGGUUUUAGCACUAGCUGUUGCCUCUGAUUCAGUAUUUCGUGCUUUGUGUUAAUCCAACACGUCCAUGCUAAAGCAAAAAAUUGUGAUAUUGUUUGUAAGAAGUUACCCUUUCUUGAGCGGCGUAUUAGCUGAAUUUCAUGUGCCCGGAGGACUUUCAAUCUGUAAUUUCUUCUUAUUAAAUAUCUUGGAAUAGCGA